AUGUUGCGGAAUGCCGUCAACACGGCUAAGAAAGCCGUUACUGAGUUAUCUCAGUAUCCCAAGCCCGGCGACAAGCUCCAUGGCUUCACUCUACUGCGGACGAAGCACGUGCCGGAGCUGGAGCUGACAGCCCUUCACCUCCAACAUGACAAGACUGGCGCCGACUAUCUUCACAUUGCGCGCGACGACAGCAAUAAUGUCUUUUCUAUUGGUUUCAAGACGAACCCCCCAGAUGACACUGGUGUACCUCAUAUCUUAGAGCAUACCACGCUGUGUGGCAGCCAGAGGUACCCAAUCCGCGAUCCCUUCUUCAAGAUGCUCCCGCGAACGCUUUCCAACUUCAUGAACGCUUUUACUGCGUCUGACCAUACCUUCUACCCCUUUGCGACAACGAAUGCCCAGGACUUCAAGAAUCUGAUGUCGGUUUAUAUGGAUGCGACACUGCAUCCUCUGCUGAAGGAAUCUGAUUACACUCAGGAGGGAUGGCGUAUUGGACCAGAGAACCCACAGGCAGCCAACGGCGAGGAGAGCGAUCUCGUCUUCAAGGGUGUCGUCUACAACGAGAUGAAGGGGCAGAUGUCUGAUGCCGGCUAUCUCUUCUAUAUCCGCUUCCAGGACCAUAUCUUCCCCGAUAUCAACAACUCUGGAGGUGACCCUCAGAAGAUUACCGAUCUGACUUAUGAGCAACUGCGCAAGUUCCAUGCCGAGCACUACCACCCGAGCAACGCCAAGCUGUUCACUUAUGGAGAUAUGCCCCUGGCCGAUCAUCUGCAGGAGGUUAACGCCCAACUCAGUGCUUUUGAGAGGAUACAGGAGGAUGCGACUAUCCACCAGCCCAUUAGCCUGAGCUCUGGUCCCAAGGAAGUUACUGUUCACGGACCCCUCGACCCAUUGGUGGACCCCGACAGGCAGUUUAAGACGUCUGUCUCGUGGAUUAUGGGUGACACUACCGAUGUUGUCGAGACCUUCUCUUUGGCACUGCUUUCCACCCUUCUGAUGGAUGGAUACGGAUCGCCUUUAUACCGUGGUCUGAUCGAGGCUGGUCUGGGAACCGACUUUAGCCCCAACGCUGGUUACGACAGCUCGGCGAAACUGGGCAUCUUCUCUGUCGGUCUGACCGGUGUUCAGGAGGCUGACGUGCCUAAACUCAAGGCUGAGAUACAGCGUAUCCUUCAGGAGGUUCGGCAGAAGGGCUUCGACAGAACCAAGAUUGACGGCUCUCUUCAUCAGCUGGAGUUAACCUUGAAGCACAAGACGGCCAACUUUGGUAUGUCCAUGCUGCACAGACUCAAGCCCAAGUGGUUUACCGGAGUUGACCCCUUCGACUCGCUUGCGUGGAACGACACCAUUUCAGCAUUUGAGAAACAACUCGCAAAGGGCGGUUAUCUGGAGAGCCUGAUUGAUAAGUAUUUGUUGAACGACAACACCUUGUCUUUCACCAUGGCGCCCUCGACAACCUUCAGCGAUGACUUGGCUCGUGAGGAGAAGGAGCGUCUGGCGUCCAAGAUCCAACAGGCAUCGAAAGAAGCUGGCGGUGAAGCCGAAGCACGUAAGAAGUUUGAGGAACGUGAGCUGAACCUUCUGGUCGAGCAAGGCAAGUCUAAUACGGAAGACCUUAGCUGCCUCCCGACGGUUCACGUCAAAGACAUACCUCGCAGCAAGGAACCCAUAGUUGUGCGGGAUGAGAUCGCCAACAACGUCAAGAUCCAGUGGCGCGAAGCCCCUACAAAUGGCUUGACUUACUUCCGAGCCAUCAACACGUUGGAAAACCUCCCGGAUGAACUCAGAGAAUUGAUUCCGCUCUUCUCUGAUAGUAUCAUGCGACUUGGAACCAAAGACAUGUCCAUGGAGCAGCUUGAGGACUUGAUCAAGUUGAAGACUGGAGGCGUAUCCGUGGGUUACCAUUCGACGCCCUCACCAAUGGACUUCCAUCAGGCAAGCGAGGGUCUCAUCUUCACUGGCAUGGCCUUGGACAGAAACGUCCCUGUAAUGUUUGAUAUACUGCGCAAGCUUGUGCAAGAUACGGACUUUGACAGCCCGGAGGCCGCCCUGCGCAUCAGACAGCUUCUUCAAGCCUCUGCUGACGGCGUUGUCAAUGACAUUGCCUCUUCGGGGCACCAGUACGCCCGCGGUUUCGCGGAAGCUGGACUUACCCGGAGUGCAUGGUUGAGACAGCAAAUCGGCGGCCUCUCUCAAGUCAAGCUUGUGACAUCCCUUGCUAAUCGGCCUGAAUCGGACGGGCUGGUGGAUGUCAUUGAUAAGCUCAAACAAAUCCAGAAAAUCGCGCUCUCCGGAAGUAACUUCCGCACAGCACUGACUUGCGGGUCCGAGAGCACAGGCGCCAAUCUGAAUGCGCUGACUAGCUUCAUGUCGACGCUUUCUAAAGACCAGCCUUCGCUGUCGGCUUUUAAGCCUGCUUCGCUGCAGCGGAACAUCAAGUCCUUCUUCCCGUUGCCGUAUCAAGUUUACUACGGUUCUUUGGCUGUUCCCACCGUCUCCUAUACGUCACCAGACGGUGCGCCAUUACAGAUUCUAGCACAGCUUCUUACUCACAAGCAUCUCCACCAUGAAAUUCGCGAAAAGGGAGGUGCAUACGGGGGCGGGGCUUACUCCCGCGGAUUGGAUGGUCUUUUUGGAUUUUAUUCCUACCGUGACCCCAACCCGCAGAACACGCUGUCCAUCAUGCGCAACGCCGGCCAAUGGGCCAGAGACAAAGAAUGGACGGAUCGUGACCUGGAGGAAGCCAAGAUCUCCGUCUUCCAGGGUGUAGAUGCCCCGCAGUCGGUCAACGCGGAGGGUAUGGGACGCUUCUUGUCAGGCAUUACCGAGGAGAUGAAGCAGAAGCGUCGUGAGCAGCUUCUUGAUGUUUCCAAAGGGCAGGUGCGCGAUGUUGCCCAAAAGUACAUCGUCGAGGCUCUGAAGAGAGAGGAGGAGCGUGUUGCUUUCCUAGGCGAGAAGCGUCCAUGGGUGGAUGGGACUUGGAGCAUCAACGAGAUGGACAUCAACGGCGACGAGUGA